UAUAUUUUUUUCACAAUUGUAAUUGCAUGGUGUUAGAUUUGAAUAUCAUGGUGUCCUGGUAAAUAUACAAAUAUGGUCGAAAAUCAUGUUUGCGUGUAGGAUUACAGGUUCACACGGGGCAAGUGAGGUUGCACCUGCACGAGCCAGCCUCCAUUAGUGCGAGUGCACUACAGGAGCCAUGGCGCACGUGUUAAAGCACGCAGCAGCGCGAGAUCACUGAGUACGCGCGCGCGCGCGCCGAUCGGCUUUUCAAACGCAGGUUCGAAGGCACGCGAGCUGAAGAUGAUAUAUUUUUCCUUUUUUUUUUCUUCUUUUCUUUUUCUUUUUUUUUUGAUAGAUCACCGGAGUGAUAUUUGCUCUAGGUCUAUGUAAGUUUGUAAUCAAAGUUUAAACUCCUCCAUUGUGGAAGCUCCAGUCUGUUUAUGAAUAGCCAUCGCGGUGUCGUCAUCCACGUGCCAGAGAGCUGAUUGGUUGCACGGGCUGUUCAGACGACUCUCUGCGGCGGCGCGGGGUCUUGAGAGGUCGCUCAUUAGCGCGCAGGCUUUUUCGAGCGGCUGCCGUUUACACGUGAGCUCGAAGCGGUUUCCGUCGUCGGAGGUGGUGCGCGCACGCUCCGGUCCCCCCCCUACGCCUCAACACCACCCCGCCUCCCCGCGCAUAGUGGCAGCUCGCGCUGAGCUCCGGCGUCAUUCUGUAGCGCUGCGCUACCGGACAUAACGCACGGCGCGCGCGCUCACUCGCCGUCUCUCUCUUUCUCUCUCUCUCUCUCUCUCUCUCUCUUCUUGCUGCUCUCACAGCACUUUCCGUCGGCUCGGAAAUUACUCACGCGCCUUCACCAAAGAAGCGGAUGAGAGAAGGUGAAAAGUUAUGGAUGAAAGAAUAUCUCGCCUGCAGGACAGAGCGUUUCUCGAGCACGCAGACUUUCUGGGGGUCGAUUAUUCGUCUCUUUACAUGUGCAAGUCAAAAAGAGGCAUGAAACGAGAGGAGGGAAAGCAGGACGCUUAUAAGUUACCACACAGGCUGAUAGAGAAGAAGAGGAGGGACCGGAUUAAUGAAUGUAUUGGACAGUUGAAAGACUUAUUACCGGAACACCUUAAAUUAACGACGCUGGGCCACUUGGAAAAGGCGGUCGUGUUGGAGUUAACUCUGAAACACCUGAACGCUUUGACAGCCGUCACUGAGCAGCAGCACCAAAAGAUCCUGGCACUGCAGAACGGAGACCGCUCUCUGAAGUCCUCUAUCCGAGCAGACGUUGACGCUUUCCACUCGGGGUUCCAGGCAUGCGCAAAAGAGGUGCUGAAGUACCUGAGCACGGUGGAGAAGUGGACCAGCUGUGAGCAGAGGUGCACGCAGCUCAUCGAGCACUUGCACAAAGUUUUGGCGCGACUCGUGCAGCCGCAGUUGGGCGCGCAGGACAGGGACAGCCAGGCUAACUGUGUCCCCGUCAUCCAAAGGACUCAGAAUGCCGAGGCCAACGAAAACGACACGGACACCGACAGCGGAUACGGGGGCGAGGCGGACAAGAGCGACGGCAGAACGGAGAAAGCGUGUGACGGGGUGCGGGUCGGUGGAGUUAAAAUAAAGCAGGAGUUCGGGGACGAGCGCGUCGCCAAAAAGCCCAAAAUGAGCUGGAGCGAGAGCAGUGGCGCAGGAAGCGCAGAUCAGCCCAACCUGGCGUUUAUGAACUCGCUGAUGGGAAUGGCUGGAGUGAGCCAACAGGCUCCGUUCUGCGUCCCGUUUUACUUCAUAAACCCGACGGCAGCUGGUUCCUACAUGCCUUUUUUCGAUAAGAGCAGUCUGGAGAAGUUAGUGUACCCAGCGCUGAGCGGGCCCUUCCCGUGGCUCUACCCCGGCAUCACGGCGCACACUUCAGCCGCCGCGGCUUCUGCUUUCCCCGCAGGAUCGCUCGAGAAAAGCCUGAGCUUCGGGGUCGCUUCACAGGAUAAAGACUGCUCUUCUAACCCCGACGACGAUCAGCAAUCCAGCAGGGUCGGUGCAUCCUCUUCUACUGACGAGGAACAGAACUCAGACAGCGAGUUUAACCAGGAUCGGCCCCACAUGAAGGAAACCAGCACUAAUGCAGUCUAAAGGAACACUUGACCUUUCGCUCUCUACUGUUGGCUUGUGACAUUGUGUUGAUCUAUUUCUUAAUUUAAUCACCAUUAAGUACUCUGUGGCCUGUAGUGUUUCUAUGGAUUUUACCGAUAAAAGCAGUUGUCUGUUUUUUUUUUUUUUUUUUUUGUGUGUGUGUGUGCAAAACAGGGUUUUGAAAAGAUCUUUCUGUAGAGACAUUGUAAAAGAGGAACAAUGGAUUUGGAACAAAACCUAGUGCCUUUUGCACUGAAUGCUGACACUGGAAUGGGAAUCGACAGUGACUGACAACAGCAUACAGUCUGUCUUUAAUGGCUAUUGUUCUAUUUUACAAAAAAAAAAAGAAGUUACACUGAGAUUUCGCUUUUAUUCGCUGAGGAACGUAAUGUAUGUGCAAUACUGUCGAAUCGAUCGCUGAGUUAUAACCUACUGCACCUCUUCUCAUUGAUUUAGAUUCAUAUUGGCAUCUUGGAUGUAUUGUAUGACAGUGACCUCAAGCAAGUUGAAUCGACUGAUGCAGUACUUUUUUUUGGUAGAAUUUACUCUACAGGAUUUGCCACUGAUAUUGAGAUUCUUCUUUCACAGUUUAAUCUUCAGUGCUUGAAAGAGUUACUUAAAUACCUCAAGCUACUCUUGCAUUGAGAGCCAGAUUCAUUUCUACAGACGCUCCUCUGGUAGGGGCAGUGCGGUGAGCUGAAUAAUCUUUGUUAGGAUGAAACUAGUCUUCGUUCUUAGUCAGGCAAAACCUGCGAGUAGCCUUGUAAGUUCUUUAAAUUACUACUAUGACAGUCCUGUCUCUCUUUCUAAUAACUCAUUUGAACUUGAGUUUAAGUUAGGUGUGAAAUUACACUUAGAUAUUUUGGCGUGUCAUUCUUAAGCAAUCUCUAAAAGUAUUUUCCCUAUAAAGAUAAAUAAAAAAUAGAUUUGACUGAGUUCAGGGCAGUUUUCUAAACCAUUUGGCUUUUGGAAUCACCGUUUCCAUUAGGAUUUUCUGACCAAAGUCCCUUUUAGUCUAGCACAUGAAUCUGGAUUGGUCCACGUGGCCACAAUGAUAAAACAUCUCAGUGUGUGGAGAGCUUCUGUAUAUGACAUGCAUCUCCAGAUACGUUAGCACCUUGUGGAACUUUGAUAUUGAAUGUAAUCUGUUUUCUGUCAAUAUGAACGUUUGUAAAUAUUCUGAUAAAAGUAGAUCUGCGAGGUAAAGUGCACUUGUUGAUGCCUUUCUUUGUUUCUCUAAAACUCUUCUCAUGCAUUAUUUAUAAUCCAUUACCCUUUGUAUUCUGCCUGUAAUUUAUAUAUAAACAGUAUAUAUUUUCUUAAAGAAAUCCUCAUGAUUAAUAGGCAAGUCUUGGAUUAAUGUAUAAAUACUGAAAAAAACUAUAAUAGCUACUGUAUAGCUGCACAAAUUUUAGUUAAAAUCUUCAGAAAGCUCUGUUAUACAGCAAAUGCUUCUGCAAAAUUAUAAAUUGAGUAGUAGUCUGGCUCUGAUAGGGCAAAGACUUUUUUUGCUUAAGUUAGUACUGCCUUCAAUGGCAAUAUUUUGUAGUCCCAAUCAAGAAUCCCUGCACUGGUUCUUCAAGUGGUAUUAUUACAACUUUAAGCUUUUGAAUAAUUACAAUCAAGCAUACAAUGUGCAUAUACCAUGCUGUCUAUUCAUGUAGUUCACAGCUGAUUAAUGGCACAAAAUCUGAAGUGAUUGGGAAUCUUGUAAAACAUGGUGUACUGCACAUAAUCAGUAUAGAAUGCUAAAUAAAUGGUCACCGGAGGAAAAUAUAAAAUAAUGAGGGUUUUUUUACAAGAAAAAAAAAUUUAGAUUGACUGCAAUUAAUACAUUUUCAUUCGAUGCAAGCAUAUGUGUAUUUACUCAAAAUUUGCCAUUUACUUUUGCAUAAAAAUACAUUUUAUAGGCCCCUUGUAGCCUUUUUGCCUCAACUGUCCUUUUGCCUAUGUAGUGGCAUGUGUAUGUAAAUAGUUUGUGAAUACGCAAAAAUGUCCAAUGUUUAUCUUGUAGAAGGAAUCUUUGGAUUUUAUAAAGGAUAAACUUAAGCAAAUGUUGCACAUUUCGCUAAUGCUUUACACUGCUGUAAUAAAUUAUUGCUCACAGUUGUCAAAUAAAUAUAUGCUCAAAGACUAA